AUGAGGAGGGAGAACCAGAGCAGCAUUUCUGAAUUCCUCCUCCUGGGGCUCCCCAUCCGGCCAGAGCAGCAGGGCAUGUUCUUCGCCCUGUUCCUGGGCGUGUACUUGACUACAGUGUUGGGCAACCUGCUCAUCAUCCUGCUCAUCAGGCUGGACCCUCACCUCCACACCCCCAUGUACUUCUUCCUCAGCCACUUGGCCCUUACUGACAUCUCCGUCUCAUCUGUCACCGUCCCUAAGAUGCUCAUGAACAUGCAGACUCAGCAUCAAUCCAUCUCCUAUGUAGGGUGUGUAACACAGACAUAUUUCUUCCUCUUUUUUACUGAUCUGGAUGAUUUCCUGCUCACCUCAAUGGCCUAUGAUAGGUACGUGGCCAUCUGCCACCCUCUCCACUACUCUACCACCUUGGGACAGGGGCUGUGCAUCUUACUAGUAACUGUGUCCUGGAUUCUCUCCAGUGCCAGCGCCCUAUGUCACACCCUCCUCCUGACCCGGCUCUCCUUUUAGACCAUGGGGAGGGAAAAUCAGAGCCACUUGUCUGAGUUCCUCCUCCUGGGGCUCCCCAUCCGGCCAGAGCAGCAGGGUGUGUUCUUUGCCCUGUUCCUGGGCAUGUAUCUGACCACAGUGCUGGGCAACCUGCUCAUCCUCCUGGUCAUCAGGCUGGACCCUCGCCUCCACACCCCCAUGUACUUCUUCCUCAGCCACUUGGCCUUCACUGAUAUCACUUUUUCAUCAGUCACAACUCCAAAGAUGCUCACGAAUAUGCAGACACAGAGUCAAUCCAUCUCGUAUGCUGGGUGCAUUUCUCAGGUGUAUUUCUUCUUAAUGCUUGGGUGUCUUGACAGCUUUCUUCUCACCUCAAUGGCCUAUGACAGGUACGUGGCCAUCUGUCACCCCCUCCGCUACAUCACAGUUAUGAGUCAGAGCCUGUGUCUCCUGUUAGUAAUUGUGUCCUGGAUCCUAUCCUCUGGUAGUGCCAUCUUACACACCCUCCUCCUGGCCCGUCUCUCUUUCUGUGGGGACAACCUUCUCCCUCACUUCUUCUGUGACCUCGCCACUUUACUUAAACUGUCCACCUCAGAUACCACAGUCAAUGAGCUGUUUAUCCUCACUGUGGGAGUGGUGGUCAUUACCCUGCCAUUUGCAUGCAUACUGGUCUCUUAUGGUUGCAUCGGGGCCACCAUCCUUAGGGUCCCCUCCACCAAGGGACUCUACAAAGCCUUGUCUACAUGUGGGUCCCACCUCUCUGUGGUGGCUCUGUACUAUGGAACAAUUAUUGGACUGUACUUUUUUCCCUCAUCUAAUUACUCCAAUAACAAGGAUGUUAUUGUGGCCAUAUUGUACACUCUGAUCACUCCCAUGCUAAAUCCUUUUAUCUACAGUCUGAGGAAUAAGGAUAUGAAAGGCGCUCUGGGAAAUAUACUUAGUAGAGGAACAUUUUCAUAA